GGGGAUUUACAAGUGCAGGGUGACCAGAGAAGGAGCCAGUGCAUCGACUAUUAAUUGUGAAAAAGCAUCAGGAGCAGCAUAUGUCCCACAUAGACGCACCCUGACUCCAAGUGCAUGAAGUCGAAUUAAGUGCACAUUACCCCUUCUUCACCCUGAACUGCCUCUGCUCAAGCCGAUCACAACCGUAUGAAUGACAUAAUAUUCAGAAUUAAUGCUUAGGUUUGCUCGUCUUCCUCGUCUCCCCUUUCAGUUCUCCUCUUGUGUAAGGUUACAGCACCGACUGUCUUCCACCCAGGAUGGAGUGACUUCUUCUUGAAUGCAUCCACUCUAUUUGUUGGGGUUUGCUUGUAGAGAAGACUUAGCCUCCAGGUCAGGGCCACUUGGUGGCAGACUGCAUCGUGGAUCUUAGAGCUACCUGACGGCGAGAAGACUGCUGAAUCACGUUAACCUGACAUCACAGCCGCCAUGGUGCUGUCGCAAAGGCAACGGGAUGAGUUAAAUCGAGCGAUAGCAGAUUACCUUCGUUCUAACGGCUAUGAAGAAGCCUACUCUGUUUUUAAAAAGGAGGCAGAGCUCGAUGUGAAUGAGGAGUUAGACAAGAAGUAUGCUGGACUCUUGGAAAAAAAAUGGACCUCAGUUAUAAGAUUACAGAAGAAGGUGAUGGAAUUAGAAUCCAAGCUCAACGAAGCUAAGGAAGAAUUUACAUCAGGCGGGCCACUUGGUCAGAAGCGAGAUCCUAAAGAAUGGAUCCCCCGUCCUCCAGAAAAGUACGCCUUAAGCGGGCACCGGAGUCCUGUCACCAGAGUAAUUUUCCACCCAGUUUUCAGUGUUAUGGUCUCUGCUUCAGAGGACGCCACAAUAAAGGUAUGGGAUUAUGAAACAGGCGAUUUUGAACGAACUCUGAAGGGCCACACAGACUCCGUGCAAGAUAUUUCCUUUGACCACAGUGGCAAGCUGCUGGCCUCCUGCUCUGCAGAUAUGACCAUUAAACUUUGGGAUUUCCAGGGCUUUGAGUGCAUCAGAACAAUGCAUGGUCAUGAUCAUAAUGUUUCUUCAGUAGCUAUUAUGCCCAACGGGGAUCAUAUAGUAUCUGCCUCGAGAGAUAAAACCAUCAAAAUGUGGGAAGUUCAAACAGGCUACUGCGUGAAGACUUUCACGGGACAUAGAGAAUGGGUCCGUAUGGUACGGCCUAACCAGGAUGGCACCCUCAUUGCCAGUUGUUCUAACGACCAGACUGUGCGCGUCUGGGUCGUCGCCACGAAGGAGUGCAAAGCCGAACUCCGAGAGCACGAGCACGUGGUCGAGUGCAUCGCCUGGGCCCCCGAGAGCUCCUAUGCCACCAUCUCGGAAGCGACGGGAUCGGAGACAAAGAAGAGUGGCAAGCCUGGGCCUUUCCUGCUUUCCGGAUCAAGAGACAAGACCAUUAAGAUGUGGGACAUUAGCACUGGCAUAUGCCUUAUGACCCUGGUGGGCCAUGAUAACUGGGUACGUGGUGUCCUAUUCCAUUCUGGGGGGAAAUUUAUUUUGAGCUGUGCCGAUGACAAGACCUUACGUGUCUGGGACUACAAGAACAAAAGAUGCAUGAAGACUCUCAACGCGCAUGAACACUUUGUUACCUCGUUGGAUUUCCACAAGACAGCACCCUAUGUGGUCACCGGCAGCGUAGAUCAAACAGUGAAAGUGUGGGAGUGUCGUUGAUCGAAUCCGCAACCGACCCUCCCGCCCAUCCUCCCUUCCCCUCCGCUGGAUGCACUCGGAUACCAUGGUUACCCAUUGAGCUCUGUUUAAAAUAAAUAUUGUCCUUUCAUGUAAAUUAUUCUGGAUGUAGAUUGAGCUUAUUAAAUGUUAAACACAAAGUA